GUAAUCAGAAAAAGUGAAACAGUGACUUUACAGUCUUUACAGACACGGACACAAGGAAGUUCGUCGCAUCUGCUGAAAGAUAAAAAAGUGAACUUACACAAGUGGACUGAAGUGAAACUGCAGUUAAGUUUCUGUAUUCAAGUUCACCGAAGACCGAGACGAGUAGUUUUCUUCUUCUGUUGCGUAUGUUCACAGCUCUGAUUGAUAGUUUGACAUCCAGUGAACUUGCUUAAAGGUCAAAAUGUCUGUGAAAAUCAAAGUCCUGAAUGUCUUGAAAGACCUGACCAACAAUGAGCUGGAUGAAUUUAAGUGGUAUUUGACCAAUAAUGACGGAGAGGGAUCCCGACGCAUCCCUAAGUGCCAGGUGGAGGGAGCGAACAGACUGAACACUGUGGACUGUAUGGUUCAAAUGUACGGCGGAGAAGGUGCUGUGGAGACCAUGUCGAAGAUUCUCGUAAGGAUGGAUCGUAAUGACCUUGCAGUACGUUUUACUCAAGAGAAAGUCGUCAAAACCCAGGACGUAAAAUGGAUGGGGAAGGAUCUGUCUUGUCCAGUUUGCAGUCACAUUUUCACUGAGCCUGUGACACUGCAUUGUGGCCUCAGCCUCUGUAAGGCCUGUUUGGACGAGGACUACCGGGAGAAACACUCUCGGGAAUGCCCUGAUUGUCUGCAAGAUAAACAACUUAAACCUCAGACUAAUACUUCUCUGAAAAGUUUGAGUGAAAACUUUAAAAGAAAAGAUGGACAGAAAAAUGGCCUCAAAUUAGAGUCAACAACCAGUAUUCAGACCUCGGUUCAACAUUUCGAAUGCAGCUUCAGAGCUGACAAUCAGAGCAAUAUAGCCAACCCCAUCAUGAUUGGUAACAAAAUUGGUGGUCACGUUAUCGUCCAAAUCUUUAACCAAGGCUCUGUUGUUUCCUCAGAGGUGAUGGAAGCUCUGGAUUAUGAUACCUUAGACAACUGUGCUGCUCUGCCGCCCAGCAGUCAAGGCUGUUCCAGUAAUUUGAUGGCAAGCCACCAGCUCUUGUGCUGUACGUCUGAAGGGACAUCUCUGGAAACAGCCACACUCUCCGACAAAACUACAGUUGGGGACUUCUUCAACAGUCUGUCGGAAGUGAUGGACAGGUAUAAAUUCCCUCCAAACAUGAUCUAUAAUGUUGCUGGAAUGGGAUUCACAACAAACCAGACACCAAAGCAGGUCGUGGCAGUAAGCGGGAAGACGGAAGUGGGCGUCAUCAGACCGGCUGAAAGAGGAAAAGGUGUGUCUGUGGUCUGUGCGGUCAAUGCCACCGGGAAUGCAGCCCCUCCCAUGUUUAUCUUCCCAGGGACUGAAUACAGCGACCACUUCAUCACAGGAGCACCUCCGGGAUCAGCUGGUACCGCCACCCCAUCGGGUCAGAUCAAUGAGAACGCCUUUGUCGAGGUCCUUGAACAUCUGGUUCGGCACACCAACUGCUCCUCUUACCGCCCCAUGCUGCUAGUCCUUCAGGCCAGGAUGUCACAGAGGGCGUGGGAUAUCGCAAAAGAAAAGGGUAUUAUUAUGCUUCCAAUUCCACCCCGCACGUCCCAUCGCCUGCAGCCUCUGCACAAGACCGUUUUUGGUUCGUUUAAGAACUUUUACCGCAGAGCUCUUGAUGGUUGGUACAAAUCUAACCCAGGUAAAACACCCAGCAUAUACCAGAUCCCUGGAUGUGUGAAUGAGGCUUUCAUGUCAGCCAUGACACCACGAAAUAUCUGCUCCGGGUUCAAGUCUACAGGGAUUUCCCCUUUCAACAGGGAUAUUUAUUCUGAUGCAGAUCUUGAACCGUACAUGCUGUCAGACAGGCCAAACCCUGAGCUGCAGUCUGCAGGUGAUCUACCUGCAGUUUCAGCCUCCGUCUCUGCAUGUGCACCACCAAGUGGCACAGAUUCGCACUCCAGCCACGCUGGAUAUACGUCUGCUACUAAAAUUCUACCCUUACCCAAAAGUCAGCAGCUCUUGGCACAAACAAGGCAAAGGCAUGUGAUGACAAGAAACCAGAUUGGUACACCUUGUCGCAGUGCUGGACCUGAAACAAUCAGCACCCUACACAAGCCCCCCCAACAAUCCCCCCUCAAAAAAAUAUUAUUACUCUUAUCAUUAUUAUCUCUUAUAUUCAUAGUAUUUAUUAUUCAAAGGGGCUAAUGAGAAAUCAACACUGAUAAACAACUAAGCUAACAAUCAAUAGCAAUAAACACUGCCAACAGAAAUCAAAUUCAUUCCAGACUUAAAAUCUUUUACAGCACUUUAUGGUUAAGUGCGGCUAAAAGCAAACCUGUGUGCUGUGCACACUUAUGCACUUCGGCUUAUUUGACUGAAAAAUUCCAGGAAGUAUUAGUGUAAUUUGGUAAUUAUACUGCAAUGUUUGUAUUAUGAUAUAUGUAUUUUAUUGUGUUUUGAUGUUUAAAACUCGUUAUUUUGACAACACUGCCGGUCUGUAUGUAAAAACCCAACGAGGGAGAGUUGACAGUUAGCAACAGCUAUAAUCUGUAAUACAACAGUCUCAUACUCUGUACUAGAACUAUGUUCAGAUGCAUUGUCCCUGUCAAAUAAAUACAUUUUAAUUCAAUAAAAGAGCAAUAUAUGCAACACAGUA